AUGAUUGGACGGAAAAUUGGGAAUACUUACGACAAUCUUAUGCCCAAGAGGAAGGACAUCGGAAAUGCUUUAAAGAAGACAGACAGAUUGCAAAAAUUCCACAUUGGUGACGGGUUUUACGCAGGAGAUUUUCAAGAAAGGAAAUGUGAUCUACGAAAUCACCGUUGGAAAGGAAAUUUAGACAAGACAUUUCAACCAACUACGAACAAACCGCAUGCAAACUCAAUACUGGCAAGAAGCUGA